UAGAACAGAGAGAGCAGAAAUGAAAGUAUUCCACCUGUAAUCUUCUUGGGAAGUUUCCCGCGAAAAAACUAAAACAAACACAAUACACAUCAUAUCUUCACUUUUUUUUUCCUGUGAACCAAAUUGCAAUUUUAUCAAAACAAUUAUUAUUAUGUGAUGUCAAUUUGUAUCUUUUAUGGAAUAAUUUAUCUGAAAAAUUUUAGAGCUUAUUUAAGGUUAGGCCAAACUUUUGAAAAGUCAACCUCCAUGAGAGAGAGAGAGAAAAAAAGAUCCAAGUCAUUGUUCAAAUGUUUAUUAGAUCAACUAACAUAUUCUUGUCACAUUGUCUCUUACCACUAUUCCACCUUGUACCAUAAUAAGUAAAGUACACAUACAUUAGUAUUUGAAGUCAAAAGUCCUCUUUCAUUUCUUCAUCAUUUCACCUUUGGUUUUUUUGUUCUUUCUCAUGUUAGAACUAAGAAAUGUCUUAUUGAAGUGUGUGAUUAUUCUAUGUACUAGUUAUUAGAAAGAUCACAUUAUUUGCUUAAUUGUGUCUUCAACACGAUGAACAGUUACUUCCUGCAGUGAGAUUGAAGUUUUUUGAGUUCACGAUUAAUUUUCUUGAAUUUUUUAGGCCUAUGUCACCCUUUGAACUGUUUAAAAGGGUGAUUUUUUCUUCUUCAUUUUCUUGUUUGUGCAAUUUUUAGUGGUUUGGUAGUUUUUUUUCUUUUUUUGGGGAUUAAAGCUUUUUUUUUUGGAUAUUUUUAAUCUGGGGUUCUGUUAUUUUAGAUAUAUUAUACAUUUAUUCUUUGGUGAGUGUGAGAAAGUUUUGAUUUUCAAGGAGAUUUUCUGUUGCUGGGCAAGUGAAAAAGGGUUCUUCUUGAAAAACUCCAUUUGCCUUGCUGAAAAGAAUAAUUCUAUUUCUUCUUUUUUGGCUUAGUCUUGCUACUGUCCAGCCAAGUUUUGGGUCCAACAGAGUUUGUCGAACAACUUCUGAAAAAUAUAUGGACUAACACACACUGAAAAGCCUGAAAAAUAAUAAAUUCUUGUUUCGUGACCCUGUAACACAUUUAUUUUGAGUUUGGGUUACAAAGAGAAGGAUAAAAAAUGAAGACAGGUAGAAGGAGGAAGUUACAAUUUAGUAAGAUUUACACAUUUAACUGUGGGAGAUCAUCAUUUUUAGGUGAUGUUGAGCAUUCACAAAUUGGAGGUCCUGGAUAUUCAAGAGUGGUUUAUUGCAAUGAACCAAGUAGUUUUGAGGCUGUAAUUAGAGAUUAUGUUGGAAAUUAUGUAAGCACUACAAAGUACAGUGCUACAACUUUCUUACCAAAGUCAUUAUUUGAGCAGUUUAGGAGGGUGGCCAACUUUUACUUUCUUGUCAUUGCUAUAUUGUCUUUUACACCACUGACUCCUUAUAGUCCUCCCACUGCUGUUAUUCCUUUGGUUAUUGUCAUUGGAGUCACCAUGCUGAAAGAAGGUAUUGAGGACUGGCAUAGAAAGCAACAGGAUAUUGAGAUGAAUAAUAGGAAGGUUAAAGUACAUCAAGAAAAUGGAGUAUUUAACCAUACAGAAUGGAAAAACUUGAGAGUUGGUGACAUUGUUAAGGUGGAGAAGGAUGAGUUCUUUCCGGCAGACCUAGUGCUGCUUUCUUCUAGUUAUGAAGAUGCAGUCUGCUACGUUGAAACCAUGAACCUUGAUGGAGAGACUAAUUUGAAGCUUAAACAGGCAUUGGAGGUGACUUCAUCGCUGCACGAAGAUUCCCACUUCAAGGACUUUAAGGCUUUUGUUAAAUGUGAAGAUCCUAAUGCUAAUCUAUAUGCUUUUGUUGGAACUAUGGAAUAUGAAGAAAAGCAGAAUCCUCUUUCUCCUCAGCAAUUACUUCUCAGAGACUCUAAAUUGCGGAACACGGAUUACAUAUACGGGGUUGUUAUCUUCACUGGUCAUGACACAAAGGUCAUGCAGAAUGCCACCGAGCCCCCUUCAAAAAGAAGCUAUGUUGAGAGGAGAAUGGAUAAAAUCAUUUACUUCUUAUUUGGACUUUUGGUCACAAUGUCCUUUGUUGGAUCAGUCUGCUUAGGAAUUCUGACUAAAGAGGACUUAGAUGUUGGACAUAAAAGGUGGUAUCUACAACCUGAUGCAUCUGACAUAUAUUUUGAUCCCAAUAGAGCUUUUGGUGCUUCCAUUUACCAUUUUCUGACAGCCGUGAUGUUGUAUAGCUACUUGAUUCCGAUAUCCUUAUAUGUGUCAAUAGAAAUUGUUAAAGUUCUUCAGAGUAUGUUCAUUAAUCAGGACAUUCAUAUGUAUCAUGAAGAAACUGAUAAACCAGCAUAUGCCCGGACCUCAAAUUUAAAUGAAGAACUUGGCCAGGUUGACACAAUACUUUCAGACAAAACUGGUACCUUGACUUGUAACUCAAUGGAAUUCGUCAAGUGCUCAGUGGCUGGAACGGCUUAUGGACAUGGUAUUACAGAUUUCGAGAGGGCUAUGGCUAAAAGAAAUGGCCCUCUAUUGGUUGAGGAUUCUGCUGCUAGUCCGAAAAAGUCCUCAACUAAAGGCUUCAACUUUAUUGAUGAGCGAAUCAUGAAUGGGAGUUGGGUGCAUGAACCUCAAUUAGAUGUCAUACAGAAGUUUUUUCGUUUAUUAGCAGUCUGUCACACGGUCAUACCAGAAGUGGAUGAAGGCACAGGUAAGAUUUCAUAUGAAGCUGAAUCUCCAGAUGAGGCAGCCUUUGUAGUUGCAGCUAAAGAAAUUGGCUUUGAAUUAGUUAAAAGGAUACAAACAAGUGUUUCAGUGCAUGAGCUGGAUCUGGUAUGUGGAAAGAAAGUCGAGAGAUACAGCUGCCUGAACAUUGGAUUUGCUGCAAGCAGUGAUGCAUUUCGGAUAUUAAGAGUAAUCAUAGAUUUCUUUGCUUGCAGGUUAUAUACAAUUUUGAAUGUUUUGGAAUUUAAUAGUGCAAGAAAAAGGAUGUCUGUAAUAGUAAAGGAUGAGGAGGGAAAGAUAUUGCUUCUUUGCAAAGGUGCAGAUAGUGUCAUGUUUGAAAGGCUCGCGAAAAGUGGAAGGGAAUUUGAAGAGAUAACAAGGGAACAUGUAAAUGAGUAUGCUGAUGCAGGCUUGAGGACCUUGAUACUGGCCUAUCGAGAAAUCACCAAGGACGAAUACCAAGUAUUCAAUGAGCAAUUUUUAGAGGCCAAGAAUUCAGUCAGUUCAGAUCAUGAUGCAUUGAUUGAUGAAGCAACUGAAAAGAUUGAAAAGGAGUUGAUUCUACUAGGCGCCACUGCUGUUGAGGACAAACUCCAACAAGGGGUUCCUGAAUGCAUUGACAAACUUGCACAAGCAGGAAUUAAGAUAUGGGUUUUGACUGGGGAUAAGAUGGAAACAGCCAUUAAUAUCGGUUAUGCCUGUAGUUUGCUUAGACAAGGAAUGAACCAAAUUAUCAUAAACUUGGAAACCCCUGAUAUCAUAGCAACAGAAAAAGGAGGAGACAAAGAUGCUACUGCCAGGGUGUCAAAGGAAAGUGUUGUACGACAAAUUAUUGAAGGGAAGGCUUUACUUGCAGCUUCAAGCACAAAGGCAUGUGCUUUUAUCAUCGAUGGGAAGUCACUUGCAUAUGCUCUUGAAGAUGACACAAAAAGAUUGCUUUUAGACCUUGCAAUUGGAUGUGCCUCUGUUAUAUGCUGUCGUUCAUCACCCAAACAAAAGGCAUUGGUAACAAGACUUGUUAAAUUUGGGACUGGGAAGAUUACUUUGGCCAUUGGAGAUGGAGCUAAUGAUGUAGGAAUGCUUCAAGAAGCUGAUAUUGGAAUUGGAAUCAGCGGAGUUGAAGGAAUGCAGGCUGUUAUGUCAAGUGAUGUUGCAAUUGCUCAGUUCCGAUUUUUGGAACGCUUGCUUCUAGUGCAUGGUCAUUGGUGUUACCGAAGGAUCUCUUCAAUGAUAUGCUACUUUUUCUACAAAAACGUUGCAUUUGGCUUUACUCUCUUCUUAUACGAGACAUAUGCAUCAUUUUCUGCACAACUUGCAUAUAAUGAUUGGUUUCUAUCGCUUUACAAUGUCUUCUUCACAUCACUACCAGUAAUUGCUUUGGGAGUUUUUGAUCAAGAUGUAUCUGCCCGAUAUUGUCUUAAGUUUCCUGUCCUGUAUCAGGAAGGUAUACAGAAUGUCCUUUUCAGCUGGCGUUGUAUAUUUGGAUGGAUGUUAAAUGGUGUAUGCAGUGCAGCUAUUAUUUUUUUCAUCUGCAUAACAGCACUAGAUCCCCAGGUGUUCGGCAAAGAUGGAAAAACUGGUGACAACGCCAUUGUGGGAGCAACAAUGUAUACAUGUGUGGUUUGGGUUGUGAAUUGUCAGAUGGCUCUUGCUGUUAGUUAUUUCACCUUAAUUCAACACAUCUUCAUCUGGGGUGGACUAGCACUCUGGUAUGUCUUCCUUCUAAUAUAUGGAUCCAUGCCUACGACACUUUCCACCAACGCAUACCAAGUCUUUGUGGAAGCUCUUGUUCCCUCCCCAUUAUACUGGUUAGUAACACUAUCAGUGGUUGCUUUAGCUCUAGCUCCCUACUUUACAUACGAAGCAAUUCAGUUCCGGUUUUUCCCAAUGUACCAUGGGAUGAUUCAAUGGAUAAGGUACGAGGGAAACUCAAAUGACCCUGAGUUCUGCAAUGAUGUGAGGCAGAGGUCAAUAAGACUCACAACUGUAGGUUUCACUGCUCGUUCGUUAGCAAGAACUAAUUCUAAUCUAAAACGACAUGAAUGGUAUUCACGGAUAAUAUUUGAUUAGAUCUUUCACAGCAAGAUCAGACUUUAGACCUACAAAAUCACAGUUUUUCAAUCUGGAACUCCCGCAUUGUACAUGAUUUAGGGGCUAUUCAAGCAGAGACAAAAAAAAUCCACCAUGAAAUGUCUUAACAGACAGAAAAUUUGGCCAGGACAGAAAAUUUGGCCAGGGAUUUGUUAAUUUUCCCAGAGCAGGCAACAUGUAUAUAGUACUAAUUGUUUUAUAUCUUGUAAAAUUAUGAGAUCUUCCUUAUUGAAAUACUGGAAGAAGCACAUUAGAUAGAAUAGGGAAAGAGACCACAAUCAUCUUGUGUAAAUUUUCUAGCAAGCACUAAAGAAUGGUCAUUUCUAUCUGCAAUAUUACAGGAAUUUCCCUGCAUGCAUUCUCUA